GCUUUCGCUAAAGUGCGUCGGAGGUCCAACGUUGGCGCCAGAUGAGCUGUGGCGCCAGCUGUACACACAGGCGGUGAGAGGAAACGAAGACACACAGAGCAGAGCAGUGUGACGAGGCUCACUGAAAAACUUGCAAAGCUCCCAUUAGAACCAGCGUGUAAAAUCCUCAAGCGAUUCUCCUGCUUCGCUCUCUGCAACAACCACAAAGUAAAAGGACAGAAAGGUCAGCUCACUGACAAGAACACCGGCGCAGGCAGAAAACCCCCCAACAUAUAACCCCGAUUCCUUCUUUGGUCAUCAUCCGGCAGAAAAACGGAGGCCGUGGGGCUGGAGUGUGUUCUUAUGGCCGAGUCAGAGACUGAAUGUGACACGCCAGGGCUUGACACACUUGGGUCGGAGUGUGUCAUAGCCCAUAGCCAUGUCGACCUUCACUAUGGAGCCGAAACGGAGAUCAUGACGGAGGAAAAGCGUGGAUUGGAGUUGGAGAUCCACGGCUCAGACUUAAAGAUCCAAGGACUCGGGGGAGAACUUGGGACUGUCACAUGUGUGGAUGCGAUCGUUGCUGAGACAGACCAUGACUAUAUCAAGGUGGAGCAUGCUGACAUGCACUGUUUCACAGCAGCAGAAAUCAAGACAGAAACGGGCGAGACUUUACUGGGAGAGGUGCUGCUCAAGACAGAAGGUGAGCAUGUGGUGAAAAUGGAGUCUGAUCAUGGCGGCGAGUUGACAGUGGAAUCUGAGAAUGGCGUAAUCAUACAUGAAGCUCAUGGCCUACAGUGCAACGAAUGCGGGGAGAUCUUUGGCAGCAUAGCUGAUCUUCACCAACACUUUGAGAUCCACAAGGACCUCAACCCGUAUAUCUGUAUCCACUGCGGGGAGAGUUUUGCUGUAGAAGCCAGUCUCAAGCAGCACAUGAAAAUUCACAUGAAAGAAAAGCCGUACGUUCCCCCGGGAGUCGACCUGAUCGGUAAAGAUGUUAUUGAUGCCUACAGCCUUAAGUCUCAUCAGAUGAUUCAUUUGCCAGACAAGCCCCACAGAUGCACAGAAUGUGGCAAGAGCUUUGCAGCUGCCAUAACGCUGAGGGAACACAUGAAGAUGCAUUCUGAAGACAAACCGUACAAGUGCACACAGUGCAGGAAGAGCUUCGUCCGUAGGAGGCAUUUAAAGAAGCACCAGGAGGUCCAUGCGCGCGAAAAGCCAUACACCUGUGGCCAGUGUGGCAAAGGCUUCGCUACGACUUCCAACCUGAAGCAGCAUCAAAAGACCCACACAGCAGUCGUGCUUGGAGACAAACCCCAUCGGUGCGCACAGUGUGGAAAGUGUUUUGCGGCCGCUGCAACUCUGAGAGAGCACCAGAGGAUUCACUCAAGUGAAAAGCCGUACAAAUGCAACAUGUGCAGGAAGAGUUUUGUCCGCAAGCGUCACCUGAAGAAGCAUCAGCAAGUCCACGCUGGGGGGAAGCCCUACACCUGCAGACAUUGCAACAAGGGCUUCAACCAUUCCUCAUCCCUGUCUCGCCAUAAUAAGACCCACCUGCAGAACCCGGUGUUUUCUCCACCUCAGCCAGGGAAACCCAUCACUUUCGUCUCGCCUCCAAAGCAAAGAGUACUCCAGGAAGGAGAGAAACCGUACAUGUGCCACCACUGUGACAAGGGCUUCAAUCAUUCCUCCUCUCUGUCACGGCACCAAAGAGUCCACUCGGAUGGAAAAACAUACACCUGCGGUCACUGUGGCAAAAAGUUUAAUCACUCCUCCUCUCUUGCGAGGCAUCAGAGAGUUCAUUUGGAGAAGCAGCAGGCGCACGCGUCGCCGCUGCAGACACAGCAGCAGUUACAGCCACAACCACAAUCACCACAGCCAUCAACACCACAACCGCAGCAGUACACCGCCAUCCCUGUUGGUAAGGCUUUCUCCAACAAUGCCUUCCCAAAACAGCUCAUCCUGUCUGUCGAGAAACCAUACAGGUGCUCUCACUGCGGAAAAGGCUUUAACCAUUCUUCCUCUCUCUCCAGACAUCAUAGGAUCCAUGUAGAUCACAGACCAGGGCCUCACCCUUAGAGGUAGCCCUUAGCCCACAUUACCACUUUUCAUAUGUUUCUGUUCCCCAAAUCCUAUCUAUAUCACAGCACCACAGAAAAUGGUAGGCCAACUUCUGCAGUCAAAGAGGUCAUGUCAGCAUCUAGUUCUGGUUAAGUGGAGCAGCUCAGAAUAAAUGGACAAUAAUUCUGAUUUAUUCAAAAGGCGGGGACUCGGCUUGAGAGACUGUGCAACAUGCAACUCUGAACUGAACCCAAUUCUUUGUGUGCAGCUCCAAGAUGGUAUAGAAUAUAGUGAAGGAAUUUCUCGUGAUUCUGUCUCACUCGCUCCAGAACAUCCAGAACUCUUUUAAAAGAAAAACAAAUGUGGUUUGAAAAUCUACAAGAUAAAAUAGUAACUUUGGGUAAAUACACUUCUCAUCUUUUUCAUAGAGUUCCACUCAUGUAUCUUCAGGUGCACACAUUUGCUUUUCAGCUGCGACUUUAUUAAAAAUGUCAAAUACAACUGAACAGGAACUGUUGCCUCAUUUGAAUAUUUUUUCCCUCCCAGAUGUAACUCGUAUGAAGCAAAUAUCAAAAAUCCAAUGUAGAUAAUUCUUGAUUUUCUUUUAUAUGUAUGUAUAGUUAACUAGUGUGCUGUUCCAGACGAUACAAUUUUUGAUAGCAAGAUUCACUCUCCAUGUUUUGUUUUUUCUUACUUUAAUUUGUUUCAAGUGUUGGAUA